AGAGAUGGCUCGCACUAAGCAGACUGCCCGUAAGUCCACUGGUGGCAAGGCUCCCCGUAAGCAGCUCGCCUCCAAGGCUGCUCGCAAGGCCGCCCCCUCCACCGGCGGUGUCAAGAAGCCUCACCGUUACAAGCCCGGUACCGUCGCUCUCCGUGAGAUCCGUCGCUACCAGAAGUCCACUGAGCUGCUCAUCCGCAAGCUCCCCUUCCAGCGUCUGGUCCGUGAGAUUGCCCAGGACUUCAAGUCCGACCUCCGCUUCCAGUCCUCCGCCAUCGGUGCUCUCCAGGAGUCCGUUGAGGCCUACCUCGUCUCCCUCUUUGAGGACACCAACCUGUGUGCCAUCCACGCCAAGCGUGUCACCAUCCAGUCCAAGGACAUCCAGCUGGCCCGUCGCCUCCGCGGCGAGCGCUCUUAG